ACGAGGAAGAGGGACAAUAAAAACGGAAAAUUCAUUCAUGCUAUUGUGUGGUUAUGUUUGGGUGCUCAUAAAUUUCGAUUUUUUCGCUCUCUUCAUGCAAAAGGAGUGCACAGCAGGAGCUUCUUCAGGGUUCUGCUAGUUUUGGGCGCGUGUGCGAGAGAAAGAGCAUGAGUGAAGUCGAGAAAAGGGGGUUUAGCGUGUCGCACAGCUGGUGUGAGGAAAACUGGUUUUUGGGAUCUGGGAGAGACUGGCUGGACUAGUGGUCGUCGUGAACGGUUGUAGUGAGAGAGAUUAUUCUCUCUCCCGUUUUGAUUUGAUAAUGGGGUAAACAUGGAGUAACGACACGCCUUCUGUGGUGGAAUCUCCGCCCACUGAAUGGCGAACGCUGAUUGGGGACAUUGUGCUCUAGCGGAUUCGUGUUCGUCAUGCGAUUGUACAAAUACCAUUAAAAGUGUUAGAUGCAAAGAGAAUGAAAUAGUUGGUUGUGUGCGUGAUGGGGCGUUCAGCGCGAGCAGUGUUUGGUGUGAGACCGGUGUUGCUUGGUUCGCUCUCCGUGGACCGCUUCCCGUGCCGUUCGGUGUUGAUUUUCCCGCAGUUGUAUCGCGCUCUUCAAACAGUCGAAAGCGUCAAACGCAUGCGUGUAGGUUCUCGCUCUCUCGCGGCGUGCAGAAAAGCUCAGGGUGCCGUGCGGUGUGUUGUGCCCAGUGUGCGAAGUGCGUACGAGUUUUCGCUCCAGAGGAUGCUGCUUGCGGCAAGAAGCAUCUAGGGAAUUUUCCGAAGGAUUUUUCGGGGGAAAACUCCGCAAAGGAUUUUCUCUAUCGUUCGCAGCAUUCAUUGUGCGUGUGUGUGUUUGUGUUGUGGAAAUUGCGUUCGCGAAUCUGUUCAAUCGGUUCAUUACUGCGGUGCAUAAUCGAUAGUUUUCGAGGGUCCUACAGACUUUCGAGUGCAGUUUUUCAAAGAAUCGUCAAACCGUGCCGCCUCAUUCCGAGACAAGGGUGUGAGAGUGAAAGUGACCGCAGAAAGCCGUGAGGGAAUUCCUCUGUGUAACCCUUGAAGAAAUCCGCAGACAGGAGAAACAGUAACAAGACGAAAAAUCGAUAAGUGACCGGUUUCCUCCGUCGAGAACGUCGCAUCUUUGGACAAAUGACAGCCUGCAAAGGCAGUUCUUGAAAAUUGCCUGUUAUCUGGAAUCGGUCUCGAGUGUCACCGAGACAAAAUCGAUCACCGCGAGAGCGUGGAAGAAAACCGGCUACGUCGGCUGUGAAUUUCUCUUCGUUUUGGUGUGCUUUAAUUUCUUUCCUUAAAACAAUCGAGAUAAGCAAUCUCCCACCGGACGACGAGUACGGCGACGACUGAACCUUCCGUGGGCAUAUCUUGGGACAAGCAAUUCAACAAGGUGGGAUCGGAAAGUGAUACGCUGCUUCUGCUGGCUUUGCGAUCUACGGUAGCGUGGUGGAGGAGUUAUCGAUACAACUUCAUCUCAUCGUUCAACUCGACUCGACGCUCUCCAGCCUAGAUCCAUCCAUCAAUGCUUCGACGGUUAUAGACAAGUCCGGGUUGACAGUUUCAGUGAACCGUAAUUUUAUGGCGGGCGAAUCUACCUGGUGAAAAUAGAUCACUCCCUGGAGAGAACCACGUGUGAUGUUAUCUACGUCGAAACUGUAGUGCAACGGCGCAUUUCAUUCAUAGAAACCACAUCGAUCCUUUUUCAAGUGCUAGAAGAAUCCAGUGAAAGUAUUCAAACUCGCCAGAAAUUGCACCAUUGAAUUGCCGUUGCAAAUGCGAAAAUAGAAGUCCGAGUGUUUAGUGGAGACCGAAUUCGGGUCGAAAUAGUUGAAAGAAGUGAAAUUGUCGGAGCUGUUUGGCCCAGCAUCCUUGUAGUUGGUGAUUUUGUGAUCGUAGUGUUGUGCAUAAAAAAACGGUGACGUUGCAUUCGACGGAACACGGGGUACCCGGUGUGAGGACCCCGCUGGGAGUAGUACCGGUCAACAACAUCAACCUGCCGCCGACGACUCACAUGGGAGUUUGCACGGAGGAGCGCCCUGUAAUGCAUUGGCACCAGAGCGCUAGGUUUCUUGGUCCACCCCGGGAGCGCAGUCCAGAUCACCUCACGAACUCAGCCUGCCAGAUCAACGCCAACAACAACAACAUCAACCACCGGACGUGUAUAUCAUGUACGGACACCUGCGAUCACAACAGCCUCAAGCCAGGCCACGGUGGCGGCAUAGGCAUCGGCAGCGGCGGAGGUCAUCUCGGCCCGGGACACCUCUAUCCGGACAGUUGCCACAGCUAUGACUCGGCGCCGGAUCGGCUGAUUGCCGAUCGGCCCAACUACUACACCGAUCUCAACCGAAGCGACUGCUCCGAUGCCAGCAGUGGGGUGCUGAACAGUUGCAUACAGCUCAAGUCGGAACCGCCGGGCGGGCCCAGUAGUCCCGAAUCCUCCACUGAGUUACCACCCUCCGGACUGGACGAGUGUGCGGGCUGUGAUAUGCCGAUACAGGAUCGGUUUUACCUGUCAGCUGUUGAGCGCAAGUGGCACGCUACCUGUCUACAAUGUUGCAUCUGCCGGCAAACGCUGGAAGGUGCCAACUCCUGCUUCUCCCGCGAUGGCAAUAUCUACUGCAAAACAGAUUACUACAGAGUAUUCGGCUCGAGACGAUGUUCGAAAUGUCUGGCUUCAAUUAGUUCCUCCGAGUUAGUUAUGCGAGCUCGACACCUAGUUUUCCACAUACGGUGCUUCUCCUGUGCGAUCUGCAAUACCCUGCUGAACAAGGGCGACCACUUCACGAUACGGGACUCGGCGGUGCUCUGUCGGUCUCACAUCGACAUCCCCCCGCUGGACCCGGGCGCACCGAUACCGCUGGCCAUGCAGUGCCAGUACCCCAGCCAGUACGGAACCUCCCCCAGUGCCCCCCUCAGCCCGAGCGACUCGACCGGAAGCAAUAAAAUGCCCCCGGCGGGUUACUUCUCGCCGCAUCACACCGUUACCGCCCUGCCGCAGCAACCCCGCCAGAAGGGUCGGCCCCGGAAGCGGAAACCGAAGGACAUCGAGGCGAUGACCGCCAGCUUAGUUCUCAAGGGAUCAUAUUUGAACACCGAGUAUCUAGAUCUGGGUUUCAGUCGAGGCCUAGGGUCGUCUUCGCGAGCCAAGCGGAUGCGGACCUCCUUCAAGCACCACCAGCUGCGGACGAUGAAGUCCUACUUUGCGAUCAACCACAACCCGGACGCCAAGGAUCUGAAACAGCUGUCGCAGAAGACGGGACUGCCGAAGCGGGUGCUGCAGGUCUGGUUCCAGAACGCACGCGCAAAAUGGCGCCGGAUGAUGAUGAAGCAGGAAGGGAAAAUCAUCGACUCGGACAAGGGCGAGGGUUCGCUGGAUCUCGACGGCUACGUGUCCCACAGCCCCGGGUCCUACAUCAUGGGCGGCCCCGGCAGCCCCUCGUCGCUGGACUAGUGCCUAAGGGUGGCGGUUCGGCGGAUGCUGCAGGAACGCUACGGACAUCACAAUCACCAUUACCACCACCUCCAUCGACGUCACCACCGAAACGGGUCCGACCAUCAUCGCAAUCAGGGCGAUUACAAUGGAGAGCAGCAAUCGCAUCGAGAGUCGGAGGACUGUCAUCACCAGAAUCACCAUCAUCACCAGGAGGUUGGUCGUGGUCGUCGUCAUCAUCGUCAGGAAGCGUCGGGAGGGUCGAUGGAGAGCGAGGGGUCCUUCAAUGGGCAGCCGCAGCUGGUGGGUGAGGAGAGCUGACUGGAGGGCGAGCAUUAGCAUAAACAAAUUUGAAUCGGAAGGUUUACGGAAUUCGCGAAAAAAUGGGAGGGGAUUUAAUUGGGCGCAAAAUGGGUUUAGGUCGGCAAAAACGAAACGGGGGUAUGGGGGCAUUGUGGGCAUGCUUAGAGUUGAAUUUCUGUUUGUUAUUUAACGAAAGUGAUGGGAAUGUCCCUACAGCCCCAAUAUCCCCUUAAUGCGGAAAAGCCCGGAGCGCGCGCACUCAUGAAGGCUCAACGGUUGGACAAGACAAUGAUGUUAUUAUAUUCAAAUUCAUGUUCUGAUGUGCUACUGCUUGGGUGCGCAAUUCGGUGGCCCUUGAGGGCGCCUAACAAGACCAACUAACACCGCGCGCCGUUCAGCUAUAGGUCGCAGAAGUCACGCCGCAAAACCA